AUGUCCACGAGCUGGAAAACUAAGGGGAUUCAGAUCUUAUUGAUCGCACACCUUGUGGGCUACGGUUUGACUGCGCAGCAGUACAAGCUUCUGUUCGAUAAAGUUACUUACACGGAAUGGAGAUCUCCGAAUAGCAUUAACGGGCCAUCGCCAGAGUUGAAUGUUACCUUCAAUGUUGUGAUCUACCAAAUCCCUCCCUUCGUGAUGAUCAACAACUUCGAUGGUCCGGACCCUGGUAAUGCCAUGCAAACCAGGACGGACAAGGCGGGUCUUUCAGGAUUGACGUAUGGGAUCGACAUCCUCAAGAAGAUUAAAGACACGAUGGGGAUUAACAUCAACUACUACUACCCUUGCGAUAUGUUGAACUACAACAAAACAAGCAAGUGUGCUGAAUACGACAAGGCAACUGCUGCAAAGCAAAUGAUAAGCACAGGCACUGCUGGUCCUUUCUAUGGACCAAAGUCAUUAUGCAACUCAGUGAAUGAUUGCUUUGGAGCUGGGGCGUUCAAGUUAUCUUCAGACUUGACGAGCAACUUCUUCGUGACGCAGCCGUACAUGGAGAAAGGGUUCUUGUUGUUCACUAUGUCUCAGCCUCAAGCCUCCGGGCCCUUCUCCUGGGCAGCUUCCUUCGACUACAUAGUUUGGAUCCUCAUCGGUGCUGAGAUCGUCCUGGCGGGCAUUGUUCUGAUCGUGAUUGAGGGAUACACCAACAACGAGACGCUGACUCGCAACCCUUUCAUGCUCGUUCUCGACACCUUCUACUGGUCCUUCACGCUGGUCCUGGGGGUUCAGGAUCACCAGCCAGUCACCAACGCAGGAAGAACCCUUGUUCUCGCGCAGCUCUUCUUUGCCCUGCUCCUGAAAUCGAUCUUCACUGGUAACCUCAACAGCAUCUUGCUCCAGACGCCGACAACAACGAGCAUCAAAUCCAUCGAUGAGUUCAUCAAGAGCACCAACCCUUCCAUCUCCUUGUGCUUGCCCACCUUGCAGAACUCUACAUCUACCUUCAUCCAACAGUCUGAGAGCAUUUACGGUUCCACGAUCACGAAGCACUACGAGAAGGACGUGUCUUCCUGCCUCAUGAAUGUGUACCAGGGCAAGUCGACCGCGACAUUCUACGAUGAUUCUGUCAUCAGCUACAAGGUCAACAACGAGUUCUGGCAGAUGGGAAUGUGCGGGAACAGCGGGGGUUAUUGCUCUCAGCCUGGCUUGACCCAGGACACUUGUAAGUGUGACAGUUCGGCCACCAGCUGUAACAUCACCUUCACGAGCGUGCAAGGUUCCCUGGUGUCAGUGGGCGACAUCUUCGGCAGCUUCGGAUACACCUUCAUCUUCCCUUUGUCCUCCACUCAGAUGCAUCAGCUGCAGUUCAGUCAGGUGAUCCAGUACUUGAAGGAGACAGGAGACAUCUCUGCCAUCGAGUCCAACUGGAUCGCUGGCUCCUUCAACUGUGCUGGCAGCACGGGCAACUCGACUGCCCUGGGGCUGUACAACAUGCUGGGCCUGAUCAUCUUCGUCAGUGUGUGGGCAUUUGUUGGCCUCGGCGUCGGGAUCUUCGAGAGCAUGAUCAAGUUCUUCAUCUCGCUCUGCAAGGGAACCAAAAGGAGGAGAGCCUCUCGCUUCGCUCCCACCUCCGAUGACGAGGCAGUCGUGAACAUCAAGGACGGGGGAGGGGCUGCUGAUGCGACAGCCAACGGGGACAGGGAUGAGACCCCCGGGACCCCAACAAGAGCGAAGGAAGUAGAGCUGCCUCCCGACCUGUCUGGGCUGCCGACGAAGGAGACGCUGAUGGAGCUGGAGGCGAGGCUUGACAGGAUCGAGGAAAGACUGGAGGACCUCCUGUCUCCUCACGAGGACAAGGGCGCAGUCGGGGAGGCGCAUCACAAGGGGUUGAACGGGAACGGGACGAGCUCGGGGGAGCAGCAGGACUUCGACUUGCUGGGAUCAUGGAAGAAUUAG